CAUGUCCACAGAUAAUCCCGCACAGGUGCUGACCACGCGGGAUCUUGGCCAAUUGCGUGGCCAUCUACAAACGACAGCAGCGCCAGCGCCAGCGUCGGCACCAAGUGCCGUACAUGGAUACCGCAGCGUAAUCCCCCCACCUAUCAGAACCUCAGCAACAGCAACAGCACCAGUAGCAGUAGCAUCAACAGCAGCACCAGUAUCAACCGCAUCUUCCAUAAUAGCAGCAGCAGCCUCAUCAUCAUCCACCACGAGUACCAGCAAUAGCAGCAGCAGCAGCAUCAAUCACGGAGGUGGCAACAUGCAGGCCACCAGCUCAAAAUAUGUCGUCCUCCAACCGAACCACAACGGCGGCUUCACGGCCUACGACAGUAGUGCCACUGCAGUCACUACCACGCCCACGGGCGGUGGUGGCGCUGGAACGGGUGGAAAUAUUGUACUUUUGGCCGCCGAGCCCCUGGAAAUGGGUUCGGCAGAUGCAUUGGCCGCCGCUGCAGCGGCUGCAGCUGGAGCGGACGAUGGGGAGCUGCGCUCCUUGUCGUGGCUGAGCGACAGCAAUCUGAUCAAGGGGAUUGUCACGAGCAGCGGAGCCACAACGGCCGCAUCGCAGGCCAAACGGACAGCAGCUGUGGCCCUCAAGGCUCCUGCGGCAGUCUGCCAUGUCGGCGAUCUCAUUGAGGAGCUGCCGGCGUGCAGCAUCGAUAUGGUGGAGACGGGCGAACAGCAGGGGACGCCGGGAGGCGUCUACAGCACCACGACAGUGCACAAGGGACCCAGCGGCACCACCACAGUGGUGGAGUACAAGGCCACCAAAACAACGACGACGAUGGCCCCAAGAACCAGCUACAUGCCUGUGGUGGUGACCAGCAGCAGCAGCAGCAACAGCAACACACCAGCAGCAGCACAAGCCACAAUUUCGCCCGCCAAGCAGCAGCCCCAACAGCUCUAUGUGACCAGCAAUGGGACGGGUGCAACAACAUUCAAGACCUCCUCCCCCACAUCCAUGGCAACGGUCUCUGUUUCGUCCGCCCUGCCGUGCUCCCCAAAUAAUAACAACAGCAACCACCACAAUACAACCACCCACCAUCCCCACAAGAAAUAUUUGCGGGAGAAGAUGAACGUCCAUGUGGACCAUAGCAACCAUGUGGCCUCCACAGUGACGGUGGUCAGUUCGCCCGCAUCAUCUAACAAUUCAUCGCUUAGCUCCACGUCCACCUCCGCUUCCGCAUCCGCUUCCUCCAUGUCGGUUAAUGGAUCAUCGGGUGGCAGCAAUGGGGCUGGAAAUAGUCCAGGCCCCAAGGCAGCCAGCAGCUAUACGACCGUUUACGAAACGGUCAAGUUCUCUGGCGCUGGCACAAUGCCCUGGAAUACAAGCAGCAGCAAUCCCAGUAGUAGCAACAGCAACAGACAGCACCUGCCCGAGCAUUCGACGCUGAUAACCACAACGGGAUUGAUCACAGCCUCGCCCCUGACGGGUGGCUACAGUUUUGUGAAUAAUCUCGCCGGAUCCACACAUGUCAUUUCUUCGACUGCACCAACGGAGACGGCUCUGGGAGGAGGUGGCAGCAUCUAUUACACAAAUGCCACGCCAAUGCAACAACAGCAGCAGCAGCAGCAGCAGCAGCACCUCCAACAGCAGCAGCAACAGCGUGGCAUGCAUGUGUCUGUGUCGCCGCCACCGCCGCCCAUCAAUGCAACAAUGGGGAAUCAUAAUGGAUCCGGUUUGAAUCUGCGCAGUCCCAAUAGCUACAGCAGCUACGAAAAUGAGGAUUCGCUGAAGGAGUUCGAUAUGACAGUGAACUCCAGGAUGCACACCAGUACGCCCCAAUAUGUGGUAUCGGCACCCAAGAACAGCAGCUACAGCAACAACGCCAACAAUGCCAGCAACGGAGCUGGAGGAGGUGCUGGAGCAGGCAGCACAACGCAGAAGCAAAAGCAUCCCAACAAUGUGCCAUACGAUCCGCUAGUGCAUACAAACAACAAGCCGCCAUAUAGCUUUAGCUCCCUCAUCUUUAUGGCCAUUGAGGGUUCGAACGAGAAGGCGCUGCCUGUGAAAGAGAUAUAUGCAUGGAUUGUUCAGCACUUUCCAUACUUCAAGACGGCCCCCAAUGGCUGGAAGAACAGUGUGCGUCACAAUUUGUCGCUUAACAAGAGUUUCGUCAAAGUGGAGAAGGCGCCCAAUAUGGGCAAGGGCUCGUUGUGGCGUGUGGAGCCGCAACAGCGUCAAAAUCUCAUCCAGGCCCUCAAUCGGUCGCCAUUCUUUCCGAAUUCAGCGGUGGACAAGAUCAGCACAUCGCUGAAGAGUCCCAGUGGACAUGGCGCGGCCCAAUCAUCCGGCGGAUAUGAUGUGCUUGAUGGCGUGGCUGCCGGCGCCGCCGCCGCUGCCUGUGGCAACUCUACGGCUCCAGUGGCACUGGCCACACCCACGAAAAGCAAUGGCCUGGUGCUGGCUAACGGUGGUGCUAGUCAAUCGGCCGCCAUGCCAACCAGUCCACUAUCGAGUGCCGGCGGCGGAGGAGGCAGUGCCAGUCAUGCGCGUGUCGAUCCUAAGCUGUUUCCCUACUUGUCCAAGGCCUUCCGCAAGAUCCGCGAAGAUGGUGGACCGCCGACGCGCCAGCUGCUCCUCGGCGAUGUCUACGAUGACGAUGUAUCGGCCGACUAUGCGGGUAACCAAAACCACAACAGCAGCAGCAACGGCAACGGCAAUGGCAACGGCAACGGCACCGGCACCGGCGGCAGGUGCAUUUAUGUGGGCAACGGAGGUGCGGCUGCUCCUGCUGCUGCUGGCCCAACUGCCAAUGGGGAUGGCAUUAACUUUGAGCGCUUGGCGCGCGAUUGCGGAGCGGACAGCAUGGACGAUGUGCAUGCUGCGGCGGCCAUGCUCUUCCUCAAACACGGACCAAAGGCCUUCACCGAGUCCUUUCAAAAUGGGGCCCCAGUGAUUACGAGUUCGCCCAGCGAGGAUCACACUUAUUCCGCUGGCGGCAAUAGCAAUGCGGAUAGCGGCGCCUCCACACCUCUUAUGAAUGGCAAUAUUCUGGCGGGGCAAACACCGGCCCAGAUGCAGCUACAGGCUCAGGCCAAUGUCGGCGGUGGAUCGGACAGCAAUUGCGCCAGCUCUGAUGCGGCCUACGACAGCAGCGAGGAGAAUCACAACAUUACGCCCGAGGAGUUGGCCGAUCAGCAGCGACAUCGUGAUGGUGUCGAUGCUCUGCUCUCACUGUCGCGUUCAUCCAUCGUUGAGUGCGGCUCGGUGGCCACCACGCAUUAUCACAGCAACGGCAGCAGCGGCAGCAGUCACGGCUCGCCACACAAGCGCCCCUCCAGCCACAGUCUCGAGGAGGAUCACGAGCACCACCUCCUGCAACAGUACCAGCCACUGUUGUCGUCCACACCACAGUCUGUCUACUCGAAUGGCAGCGGCAGCAAGAUGGCACUCCUCAGCAGUGCCGCCGCCAAUGUGGCGUUGGCCCAACAGCAGCAGCAGCAGCACCAGAUCCACCAGAUGCAACAGCAGCAGCAGCAACAUCAGAUGCAACAGCAGCAUACAGAGCUGUUUGGCAGCGUAAAUGGCAGCUACUUGGCUGGAGGACAGGCAGCCAUGUUGCCCCAACAUCUCACUGCUGCUAUGGCCAAUGCUGCGGCAAUAGCAGCGGCAGCGGUCAAGAAUAAGGUGAAGCCUGUGCGUGGAUUGCGUACAAAGAUCAAGCGCAAGUCCGCAUGGAUGCGGUGAAUGUGGCGACAGGCCGGAGGCCGGCGGAGGACAGUCUCCUAACCCCUCCACAUCCACUAGCAUGUCCCCUCCAUGGCCACGUACCCUGUGUUGUUGUCUCUUUCUAAUUGCAAAUUGUUCAAAUAAGAGCAUUUAGUCGUAAGAUUUAACAGAUUCCCUCGCCACCUCGCCCCCUCAAGCGUUCAUCUCCUGUAUUUUGAAUGUGUGUGCUACUCCUUUAAUCCUUGUGUUUGUUAUACAAAUUUAUGACUAUUUUUUGAUAGGUUUUAGUUUAGUUUUUAAACGUCUUUUGGACUUGAUUCCGGUCCUCGAUUGCUGGCCAUUUCAUCAAUAUUUGACAAUUAUUUUAUGCGAUACACACGCACACACACACACACACGCGAUUUAUACACAUCAUCUAUGGGAAGAAACAAAAUUUAAACCGUAACGAACUGUAAUUCAUUUUUAACUUAUAUAAUUGUAAAUAUCUUUUGCUUCCCAACAUUGGUUUUUUUAAUCUUUUUUUAGUUGUUCAAAAAUGUUUUUACAAAUGGGUAGAAAAGUGAAUUGAAUCGAAAAAAAUGUAAAUUGAAAAUCAAAAUUUUAAUGUUAUUUCAGGAGAAUAUUAUUUUAAGCUUUUGCUAAAAGUGUAGUGUAGCAUGUGGAAUCCCCCCGCAAGAACUUAUUUUAUUAUUUAAGUGUACAGCCCUUGAUCUUUUCGGCUUUGUUUCAUAAUAUCCAGCGUAUCAGAGGGAGAGACAGAGUGGCAGGCAAAGGGACGGUUAACGUUAUAUCAAACGACAGACAGACAAAGGAAACAAUCACAAAAAUUCAUUUAAGUAGGAAAAUCCUUAACAAAAUAAUGAAAUGAGAAACCACAAAACAAAAUACAAAAAAAUUGUAAAACAAA